CAAUUAACAUUAAUGCAUCACUAGUAUUACUGACAUCUUGUCAGUUCUGAAGCAUUGCACAAACAAGCUUUGUUACUAUUGAAUCACAAAGGGGCAAAGUCCUUUGAGAUAAUCACAGACUGCAGCAUGCCCACUGUUACAGAGAAUAGAGAAGAACAACUAAAACAUUCUUAAAAUAUAUAUCUUUUAAGCACUGAAUCACUAUAUUAUGUGAGGAGUGCCUCGAAUGAUGACUCUGGAAUUAUACUUCUUGAUGGUUCCACUCUCAGAGAAGAUGAUGGAGCAUGGCUAUUUGAAGGUCUCAAGAACAAGUUUUCUUUACAACAUUACUUGUAUAUUGCUUUUAGUUCCAGUCUGAGUGCUGUAAGCCUGUGGCUUAAAAGCAUUCCAGAAAAAGCUAGCUAUCACAGAGUAAAUAUUGGAUAUAAUGGGCAAAAGCUAUGUAGUAACAUAUGUCCUCUGGGGUUUUGGAGGACUCUUUGGAUUUCAUCACAUCUAUCUGGGCCGUGACAGUCAUGCCCUUCUCUGGAUGGUAACACUAGGUGGAUUUGGGAUGGGCUGGGUUUUAGAAUUCUGGAAAAUUCCAAGCUAUGUGAUGAAAGCCAACAGGAAACAAGAAGAUUUGAGCCAAAGCCACCGUCAGAAACCAUCAAUGAGCAUAAUAAGCUUUUUUGCACAAAUUAUUGUUGGCAUUUAUUUUGGAAUAGUAGCUAUCAUUGGACUGUCAUCAUUGAACACCUUUUACUUCAUCAUGUUGCCUUUGGCUGUUGGUCUUGGAAUCCAUCUUGUGGCAAGCAUCAGUGAAGAGACCUCUGAUUUAAGGAAGACUUUGACUGCAGCUGGUAUAACAUCACUUAUAUUCUAUGAGCGGCCCAUAGCUAUAUUGCCAGUCAGUAUUGUUGCCAGUAUAAUAUCGCAGAAAAAUCGGCGGAUCAAAACACCAAGUGUCCAUGAUAACUUCAGUGUCAGAGCCUACAGGUUAGGGCUGGCUUAUCUGGCAUUCUAUAUGCCUCUUGCCUACCUGGCAAUACAUAACACAGUACUCACAGCUGCUUAUAUAAAGGACAUUGCUUCUGUUAUUUUAGACCUAUUUACAUCAUUUCUUUUCUUUCCCUACACUGUUUGGAAAACAUUUACAUCAGGCUAUGGCUUUUUUCAAGAAUGGGAGAAGAUAAUUAAAUUGUUCAACAGCUUACAAGGUGAAACAGCAGAAAUUGCUUAUAAGACCCUUGGGUUAGAAGAUGGUGCAACAAUGGAGGAAAUCAGCAAAAUGUACAAGGAACUGGUGAAAUUGUGGCAUCCAGAUCAUAACCCAGACCAUUCAGAGGAGGCAGAGAAGCGAUUCAUUGAAAUCCAAACAGCCUACAAAAUGCUAAAGAAGCUGAAGAAAUCAGCAGAAUUAUAAGGGCUCUGUACUAAUACUCCUUGUUCUUCUUUGUCAGAAAAGUCUAAUGAUAUUCUGACGUUAUUUUGUUAUUAGUUUUAAGGAAAAUGUAGAUGUAUGAAAAAUAGAACUGUGAUUAAAACUAAAUUGAAAUAAAUUGUUGUAGCUCUGGGUGGAAGUGAGUUUAAUAUAUUCCAUGGCCUCAAUAGUAGGUAGACUGCACGGUGCAAAAAUGCUGUCUGCAGGAACAUUAAUCUUAGCCCCUAUUUUAUGAGAAAAUUCUAGAAAUUUGUGUAAUUUGAUAUGUCUGAGUACUGAAAAAAUACAGACUUCCAUCGAAUUUAGUAUUUUAGACCAGAGUACCCAUUCACCAUAUCUUGUAUUUCUUCUUGCUUUUACAACUUAUAAAACUGUCAUUUUGCUUUGA